AUUAAUAUUGUGUUGAACACAAUUGCAGUGUGGAGCACAAAUGGUUAAAACAAGCUCCCACAUCUGGACAUAGUUUAGGGCAGAAGGAAGUGAGAGUGAACGCAGAAAUAUUCCUUCUCACAACAGCUGUCUUUAAGAAAGAGGGACUGUGUCACACUCAACCUCAGCGAUGACUCUUCUGCUGCUACUUCUAAUAAUUUUUCUUCUGCCAGGUAGUCACUGCACAGUGAGCACUGUAGGAGAUGUGUCUGUGCUGGAGGGUGGCUCCGUCACUGUCCCGUGUCACUAUAACCCGCAGUACAUCAGUCACGUGAAGUACUGGUGUCAGGGCCGGAUGAGGGAGUUCUGCACGAGCCUCGCGCGCACCGAUGACCCCGAUUCAGCCCCUAACGGGAAGGGAAUGGUGACGAUCGCGGAUGACCCCACUCAGCAUGUGUUCACCGUCAGCAUGCGCGACCUGACGGAGGAGGACUCGGGCUGGUACUGGUGCGGGGUGGAGCUCGGGGGAAUGUGGGUGUCUGACAGCGCUGCCUCCCUUCAUAUCAGCGUCAUUCAAGGUAAGGGGGAUAUUGCUCAGUAUCUUUCAGGUAGUCACUGCACAGUGAGCACUGUAGGAGAUGUGUCUGUGCUGGAGGGUGGCUCCGUCACUGUCCCGUGUCACUAUAACCCGCAGUACAUCAGUCACGUGAAGUACUGGUGUCAGGGCCGGAUGAGGGAGUUCUGCACGAGCCUCGCGCGCACCGAUGACCCCGAUUCAGCCCCUAACGGGAAGGGAAUGGUGACGAUCGCGGAUGACCCCACUCAGCAUGUGUUCACCGUCAGCAUGCGCGACCUGACGGAGGAGGACUCGGGCUGGUACUGGUGCGGGGUGGAGCUCGGGGGAAUGUGGGUGUCUGACAGCGCUGCCUCCCUUCAUAUCAGCGUCAUUCAAGGUAUGUCAGUUGUGAGCAGUAUGCUGAGUGCAGAUGAAGGCAGCAGCGUCACUGUUCAAUGUCUCUACAGUAAAAAACUCAGUGCGUCUCCCAUCCAGAAUCUGAAGACAACAGUCAGAAAUCCAUCUGUAAUGAGCUCAAAUGACCCUCACAGCCGUCCUGUUUGGGAGUCUCCUCUUGUGGUGUGUGGGGUCGUGCUGCUGGUCAUGACUGCAUUUUUGGCACUUUGGAAGUUAAGGCAACUGUGUAAGAAAAAGCAGAAACAUCGAGGGACAAAUGAAAUGAACGAUAAUCUCACAAUGUGUCCUUGGAGAGAAGGAGACUAUAAGAACGCCUCAGUGAUUUUCUUGAACGCUCCAGCUCAGGCCCAGAUGCUCUGACAGAGGAGCUUCAUGAUGGGAAACACCAAACUCAUGGGCAUUCUGAUGCUGAAGGAGAUUUGAAAGGGAACUGAUGGACACUUUAAGUCUCAUUAUGUAGUCUAAGAGAGUCCUGCAGACUGGAGAAGCUGGAGGCCGGGGUAAUAUUUGACAUUCCUUCACAUGUAACAGUUAAAUGGUAGAUCAUUGAUCAUUUUAAUGCAUAUUUCAUGUCAUGUAUUUCUCUGUAAGCACAAGCCUUAUGAGUGAAUUGUGCUGUUUAAGCAUGUUUUCACCAAUGAGCAGCGGUUAUUCUCAACUAACAGUGCAAAAGAUGUGCGACUGUUUACAGAAGCACUGAGAAUGUGUCCUUAUAUCACUUUUUACCAUAUUAGAGACUAUAUAUCGUCAUGUUUUAGCAGCAUAUACUGAAUACGAUCAUAAAUGAUAAAAAAAAAACUUUCAUCUGUUAUUAACCUCUGUACAGAAAUAGUGUCUUAUUCACAUCCUGUUUCAAGUCCUAUUAACAUCUUUAUUUGUGGUUGUUUGUCACCUCCUGCAUAUAAAUAAACGUAACCCACUCAAGUCGGUCAAUACACAGAAACCUCAAGAGGGAAACGCUUUGAUGUCGACUGCAUUGCACAUGAAGUAAAUAAUUCUUAUUAGAAUCAUCUUAAAUGUCUCGACCAAGUGAUGCAUAUGUAACUUGUGAUUUUUGCAGCAUUUGCAAUCAAGCAUGAUGUUUUAUUGUAAAUCAACUUUAUGUGACAUAAGCAACUGAAUAGCACGGAUGCAGGAAGUGAGUCUGAGACUAUGAGAACUUUAUAUCAUAUGUGAUAAGCAUAAGACAGAGAUAAGCUGUAUAACAGAGAUAAGAGACAAGCUGUUUCUGUGGUAUUAAAAUAAGAUAACAAAAUGCCAGUUUGCAGCAUAACAGACUAAUUUUGUACAGGUGAAAUGUUGUACUGUGGCUGAUUGUAUCCACAAUGA